AUGUCAAUCGCUGGCGGUGAAGAAGGUCGAAGGAGUCGCAGAAUCCUCUUCCCCAUAGAUGGCAGCGAAAGUUGCACUAACGCCUUUAAGUGGUACCUCAACUACAUCAAGUUAUCCGGCGAUUUUAUUAUCUUCGUGCACAUCGUGGAGCCGGUCUACACAUCUUCUGAAGUGCGAAUCGACAUAGAAGGCCCAGAAGUGCGUUUUGAGGACGUUCCCAAAACUAUCGAUGAUGUUAUGAACAGAAGCAAAGCCCUCGGGUUGAGUUACAUGAGCUUGGCGAAAGAGGCCGGUCUGGAGUCAAAGGCCUUCCUUCACAUUGAAACGCAACCUGGUCGGGCUAUUCUCACUUCUGCAAAGAACCACAACAUCGACAUGAUCGUGAUGGAGGCAGGAGGUCAGGGCAUUUUGUCUGGAGCAUCCCUCGGUCGUAUAUCCGAUUAUGUCGUGCACAACUCGACCGUUCCUGUUGUCAUCGUGCACGAGUAA